CCUCCAGCCGCGAUGCGGCGCAGUUCCGAUAUUGACGUUAUUUAUUGUGUACAGACCCCACGCUGCCCAGUCAAAUAAAACCACACCGCCUUCAGCCGCCCGGCCCACGCGCUCCGGGUCGGCGGGAGAGGGAGCGGGCGAGCGGCCAGGACCGCGCUGCCAGCGUCACGCGAUGGGGAGGGGCGGAGGCCUCUCCGCAGGCCCGGCCAAUCGUGAGGGGGAUUUCGUGGGGCGAAGGGUCGUCAUUGGACAUCCACCGCGGGCGCCCUGGUCUCCGCUACCUGUAGCUAAGGCGCAGUUGCUCGGCAGCGCAGCGCGCGGGGAAGGCUCGUUCUCGCGAGAGCUGAACUCCCUUCUUGGCUGCAGCUGCCGCAGCGCCUCGGGGACCGUCAUGGACGCUCUGGAGGACUACGUUUGGCCGCGGGCAACCUCGGAGCUCAUGCUCCUCCCGGUCACGGGCCUGGAGUGCGUGGGGGACCGGCUGUUGGCGGGUGAGGGGCCUGAUGUCCUGGUGUACAGCUUGGACUUUGGUGGACAUCUUCGGAUGAUGAAGCGAGUGCAGAGCCUGCUUGGCCACUAUCUUAUCCAUGGGUUCCGGGUGCGACCAGAGCCUAAUGGAAACCUUGACACAGAGGCCAUGGUGGCUGUGUUUGGGAGCAAGGGACUCCGAAUUGUGAAAGUUAAUUGGGGCCAAGGCCACUUCCGGGAGCUUUGGCGCUCUGGCCUGUGGAACAUGUCUGACUGGAUCUGGGAUGCACGCUGGCUCAAAGGGAAUGUGGCCUUGGCCCUGGGCCAUAACUCAGUGGUGUUAUAUGACCCAGUGGUAGGAUGCCUCCUGCAGGAGGUGCCCUGCACGGACAGGUGCACCCUCUCCUCAGCCUGUCUGAUUGGAGACACCUGGAAGGAGCUGACCAUAGUGGCAGGUGCUGUUUCCAACCAGCUUCUAGUCUGGUAUCCAGCAGCUGCCUUAGCAGACAACAAACCCGUGGCACCUGACCGGCAGGUCAGUGGGCAUGUGGGUGUCAUCUUCAGCAUGUCCUACCUGGAAAGCAAGGGCUUGCUGGCUACAGCUUCAGAAGACCGAAGUGUCCGUAUCUGGAAGGUGGGCGACCUGCGGGUUCCUGGGGGUCGGGUGCAGAAUAUUGGGCACUGCUUUGGGCACAGUUCCCGUGUGUGGCAGGUCAAGCUCCUAGAGAAUUACCUUAUCAGUGCAGGAGAGGACUGUGUCUGCUUGGUGUGGAGCCAUGAAGGUGAGAUCCUCCAGGCCUUUCGGGGCCAUCAGGGCCGUGGGAUCCGGGCCAUCGCUGCCCAUGAGAGGCAGGCCUGGGUGAUCACUGGGGGUGAUGACUCAGGCAUUCGGCUGUGGCACCUGGUAGGACGUGGCUACCCGGGCUCAGGGGUCUCAGCUCUCUGCUUCAAGUCCCGUAGUAGGCCAGGUACCCUCAAGGUUGUAACACUGGCUGGCUCUUGGCGACUGCUGGCAGUGACUGAUACAGGGGCCCUGUACCUCUAUGACCUCGAGGUCAAGUGCUGGGAGCCACUACUAGAGGAUAAGCACUUCCAGUCCUACUGCCUGCUGGAGGCAGCUCCUGGUCCUGAGGGCUUCGGGCUAUGUGCCAUGGCCAAUGGGGAGGGUCGUGUCAAGGUUGUCCCCAUCAACACUCCAACUGCUGCUGUAGAUCAGACCCUGUUCCCUGGGAAAGUGCAUAGCCUGAGCUGGGCCCUGCGUGGCUACGAGGAGCUCCUGUUGCUGGCAUCGGGCCCUGGUGGGGUAGUGGCUUGCCUGGAGAUCUCAGCUGCGCCUUCUGGCAAAGCUAUCUUUGUCAAGGAACGUUGCCGGUACCUGCUGCCCCCAAGUAAGCAGAGAUGGCACACAUGCAGCGCCUUCCUGCCCCCGGGUGACUUCCUGGUGUGUGGGGACCGCCGGGGCUCUGUGCUGCUGUUCCCCUCCAGACCAGGUCUGCUCAAGGACCCUGGAGUGGAAGGCAAGGCUGGGGCUGGUACUGGGGCACCUGGAGCUGGUAGUGGCAGUGGUGGGAAUGCUUUGGCGGGGUGGGGCCCCGUGUCUACCCUUCCUUCUCUGCAUGGGAAGCAGGGUGUGACCUCAGUCACCUGUCAUGGUGGCUACGUGUAUACCACUGGGCGUGAUGGCACCUACUACCAGCUUUUUGUGCGAGGUGGCCAGCUCCAUCCAGUCCUAAGGCAGAAGUCCUGUCGAGGCAUGAACUGGGUGGCUGGGCUCCGUAUGGUGCCCGAUGGGGACAUGGUCAUCCUGGGUUUCCACGCCAAUGAGUUUGUGGUGUGGAGCCCCCGGUCGCAUGAGAAGCUGCACAUCAUCAACUGUGGUGGCGGGCACCGCUCCUGGGCCUUCUCAGAUACCGAGGCGGCUAUGGCCUUCGCGUACCUCAAGGAUGGGGAUGUCAUGCUGUACCGGGCUCUAGGUGGCUGCACCCGGCCACAUGUGAUUCUCCGGGAGGGUCUGCAUGGCCGUGAGAUCACUUGUGUAAAGCGUGUUGGCACCAUCACCCUGGGGCCUGAAUUUGGGGUACCUAGCUUCAUGGACCCUGACUACCUGGAGCCUGGCAGUGAGGGGCCUGGCUUGAUUGACAUUGUGAUCACCUGCAGCGAGGACACUACUGUCUGUGUCCUGGCACUUCCCACAACUACAGGCUCAGCCCAUGCACUCACAGCUGUUUGUAACCACAUCUCCUCGGUGCGUGCUGUGGCUGUGUGGGGCAUCGGCAGCCCAGGUGGCCCUCAGGAUCCUCGGCCAGGCCUGACUGCCCGUGUGGUGUCUGCUGGGGGGCGGGCUGAGAUACACUGCUUCAGUGUCAUGGUCACUCCGGAUCCCAGCACCCCAAGUCGCCUCGCCUGCCAUGUCAUGCACCUUUCGUCCCACCGGCUAGAUGAGUACUGGCACCGGCAGCGCAAUCGGCAUCGGAUGAUCAAGGUGGACCCAGAAACCAGAUACAUGUCCCUUGCAGUGUGUGAAUUUGACCGGCCUGGCCUUGGCCCCCUUGUGGCUGCAGCUUGUAGUGAUGGGGCAGUGAGGCUCUUUCUCUUGCAGGACUCUGGGCAGCUUCUGCAGCUCUUCGCUGAAACCUUCCACCAUAAGCGGUGUGUCCUCAAGGUCCACUGCUUUACACAUGAGGCACCCAACCAGCGUCGGAGGCUGCUCCUGUGCAGUGCAGCUACUGACGGCAACCUGGCCUUCUGGGAUCUCACCACUGUGCUAGACCGUGGCUCCACUGCCCUUGAGCCUCCAGUAGACCCUGGGCUUCCCUAUAGGCUGGGCUCCCCAUCUCUGACUCUCCAGGCCCACAGCUGUGGUGUCAACAGCCUACACACCUUGCCCACACGUGAGGGCCACCAUCUUGUGGCCAGCGGCAGUGAAGAUGGCUCCCUCCAUGUCUUCGUGCUUGCAGUGGAGAUGCCAGAGCUGGAAGAGGCUGUGGGGGAGGCUGAGUUGGUACCCCAGUUGCGUGUACUAGAGGAAUACUCUGUCCCCUGUGCACAUGCUGCCCAUGUGACAGGCCUCAAGAUCCUAAGCCCAAGCCUUAUGGUCUCAGCCUCCAUUGACCAACGGCUGACCUUUUGGCGUCUAGGGCAUGGUGAGCCCACCUUCAUGAACAGCACUGUGUAUCAUGUGCCAGAUGUGGCAGACAUGGACUGCUGGCCUGUGAGUCCCGAGUUUGGCCACCGCUGUGCUCUUGGGGGUCAGGGGCUUGAGGUGUACAACUGGUAUGACUGAGGUAUCCCGCGGUGGCCAGGGUGCUGGGUAUGGGGCCUGCUCACAGACAGUGCAGCAGGGGUUGACUGUCUGCCCAUGCCCAGCAUGCCCUGAGGGGAGGCGGCAGCCGCGGGUUCCCAACUUCAGAGCAGGAGCUAGAGGUGAGUAGAGUGCUGCUCAGGCUAUGCCCUGCUCCCCACAACAGGACAAAACUUUGUACAACAAAACAAUUUAUUUUGGCUCCAGGCUCCUAACAACAUGUGUGGGGUUUUGCGUUUUUUCCAGUUGAUGACUUUGUGAACAUUCCCAUAUAUCUGGGCCUUGUGGCCUUAAAUGUGGCUCAGUGGAGGGAGACCCAGCAUAGCCAGGCCAGUGUGGAGCACCUCACGCACGGCCCUCAGAAGCUGCAGGCGGGCGAACAUCUGACCAAAGAGGUGUGGUCGAGGUUCCUGAAGGAGAAGGGGCCUGCUGGUCUCAUCCUCUGCUUUCUUGCCUUUACCCUGCACCCCUUUGCACCUCCCACCCUCUGUGCUGUGUGCUUACCCCUAGGACGUGUACCCGGUUAUAGUAUGAGCUGAAAUCCAUGCUGAGCUGUACCAGGAACUUGCACAUCUAGAGACAGAGACUGAGUCACUGGCCUGUCUCUUUGCUCUUAUGCCCCAGCCCAGAAUUUUUUUUUUUUAAUAUAUCUGGGGCGAUGCUAAUCUUCUCUGUUGUAUCAUUCCAAUGUUAGUGUAUGUGCUGCUGAAGUGAGCACCCUAGCCCAGAAUAAAGAAUAGAUUGUGCAGUG